GUACCGCAGACUGAAUAUAAAAUGUAAAAUUUAAUAACGUGAUGCUUCUAAUUUAUUUUGCAUUUAAUCAUUUCAUAUUGCAUCUGGAAAAGCAAUUUUGUCGUAAAUUUGCAACCAACAGUCAACCAAAGAUGGCCUCUUUACCGGUAGCUACGAAAAAGACAUUUCUAUGGAGAAAUGUGCGAAUUUAUUUUAGGGAAUAUUGCGUCUCAAGCAGCAUUCAUGGAAUUAGGUAUUUUGGAGAACGGCGCACUUACUUUGAAAGAGCAUGGUGGUUAAUUGUGUUUGCAUUUUGUUUGUCGAGCUGUGGAUUUUUCAUCACAAUGAUCUAUCGAAAGUGGGAAAGCAGUCCGAUUAUUGUCAGUUUUUCCACACGUGAAAAACCAAUCUACGAGAUACCGUUUCCAGCUGUUACCAUUUGUCCUGAAUCGAAAUCGGCAUCGAAAAGAUAUAGCCAUUCCACGAUAAUUAAAAGACUAAUGCGCUACAGGAAUCUUACACAGGAAGAAUAUAAAACGUUUUCUUAUAUGAAUCUGCUUUGCCAUACGGUACCCUCAUUCAUUGAAAGGGGAAAACCGAAAAAUAUGACUUUUGAUAACUAUUUUUAUUCCGUUGAUGAUUUCUUCGAAGUUGUUUUCAAUUUUCAGGUAUCUACAAAUAUUCUCAAGUUCUUACGUGCUUGCGAAUGGAUGAAUAAGGAAUACUCUUGUAAUCAAUUGUUUGACUUAGUUAUAACGGAUGAAGGAAUUUGUGCCACUUUCAACAUGUUAGAUACAUCUAAAAUAUAUCGAGAUGUUGCAUACAUCCCUAGCAUACCAUUUCGCAAAAAUACAACUUCUAGAAAUAUUACUUGGACCUUAGAUGAAGGAUAUUCCAUAGAUGAUGAUAUGCACACAUUUCCGAAAAGAGCGCUUUAUUCUGGAGCUUCUAGCGCACUCAAAUUUAGUAUAAUAGAAAGCAAUGAAAAUAUCGAUCAAGCAUGUACCAAAUCUUUGCAAGGGUUUAAGGUCACUUUGCACACUCCUACAAGAGUACCAAGACCAAGUCAACAAUAUUUUAGAGUGCCUCUGGAUGCCAUUGCAAUAACUGCAGUGAAACCCGUAAUGGUAACAACAUCCAAACGGGUAAAAGAUUUCAAGCCGGAAAAACGACAAUGCUACUUUGAAACGGAAAAGUAUUUAAAGUAUUUCAAACUGUACACUCAAAGAAACUGCCAACUGGAAUGUUUGAGCAAUUUCACUCUUGCCUGGUGCGGAUGCGUAGGAUUUUUUAUGCCCAAAGAAAAUAAUACGGAUAUAUGCGGCUCACUAAGUAAACUAUGCAUGGCAGAAGCUGAAGAAAUUGUUUAUAAGAGUACCAUACAUCAAAUUGAUAAAAUAAAACCCGGAAAGCAAAGAAAAUCAGUUCACGCUGAAAAGGUAAACCGUCUCAACCUUCAACAAGGGACUUCAUCUAAUGAAUCUCAAAUUCCCUAUUGUGAUUGCCUGCCUCUUUGCACAGAUCUCAGCUACGAAGUGGAAACCUCCACAUCCGCUUGGGAUUGGAUUAAAAUGAUUGACGUAUAUUUCCCUCCGCUUAACACGUCUGUCCCAAGAGAAAAAUCAAUAUCAAAGACCUCAAUGAUCAUCUACUUCAAAACCAAUCAUUUCAUAACAACAGAAAGACAUGAACUUUAUGCUAUAUUAGAUAUGCUUGGUAGCUUUGGAGGGCUAUUGGGACUAUUCACUGGUUUCUCCAUUUUGUCCUUGAUGGAGAUUAUUUAUUUUCUAACAGUCCGAAUUAUUUGUAAUAUUAAGCUGUUUGGAAAUUGGUCCGGGGAAUGCGAAAAUGAUGUGGAGAAAAACUUACCAGAAUUAUCAUCUCGUAGGAAGUGAGAAGAACCAUUAGUAGGAGAAGAAAGUAUCGA